GUCUUCUCUAGUGCCUGAUGCAUUUCCCUGCUUGGCGCCUGUGGGUCACACUUAAUACCCGUUGGCUUGGCGCGCGUUAGUCCCCGCUUGGCUGGCGUCUGGGCAUCUGACCGCUCUUCACAGUGCUCCAGGAGCUCCGCCACGGGCUCGCACCUCCAGUCGGUGCUGCACCUGGAGCGGUGCGGACUCGGGACGCGCCGGGCUGAGAGCUCAGUAAAGGCACAGGCUGCCUCCCCCUGGGGCGCCCCGCACCUGGCUCUUCGUGGCCGCGGCUCCCAGCCAUCCCCGACCUCAGCGUGACUCGGUGGUGCAGCUGUGCGCCUUCUGGGGCACCCAAGUGCCCCGGUGGCCGCCUCUGUCCCCGAAUGCCGGGCCCUGGACGCCGCACCGUGAGCUGCAGGAGGAUGAAGAACGCGGCGGGAGGAAAGCAGGAGAAGCUCCCGGAGGAGACUCCGAGGAAGCAGCCCAGAGCUGAUUUGACAAGUGCACAAGAUGGAGACAGUGAGGCUGAAUUAAUGCCUGAUGAGUUUGAAGAGAAACUAGAACGGGAAAAGAGACACUCAAACUUCACCUUAUGCAGUGUGUGUAACAUUCAGCUGAACUCGGCCGCUCAAGCACAAAUUCACUACAAUGGCAAAUCUCACCAGAAGAGACUGAAACAACUCACCAAUGGAACACUGAAGAGCGACAGUGGUGGUACAUGCCAGAGUCCUGCUCUCCCAGCCCUGGUCCGGCCACCAGCCCCUCCUUUGCAGCCAUCAUUGGAUAUUAAGCCCUUUCUUCCCUUUCCUCUUGACACUGCAGCUGCAGUCAACCUGUUCCCCAAUUUUAAUGCGAUGGACCCUAUUCAGAAAGCCGUAAUAAAUCAUACAUUCGGGGUUCCUCUUCCUCAUCGGAGAAAGCAAAUCAUCUCAUGCAACAUUUGCCAGUUGAGAUUUAAUUCAGAUAGCCAGGCUGCGGCCCACUACAAAGGCACGAAACAUGCCAAGAAGCUCAAAGCACUGGAAGCCAUGAAAAAUAAGCAGAAAUCUGUCACUGCCAAGGACAGCGCAAAGACUACCUUCACCUCCAUCACUACCAAUACCAUGACCACCAGCUCUGACAAAACAGAUAGUACCACAGGGACACCAGUAAUAUCAACAAUGACAAGUGUGGAAAUGUGCAAGAGCAGUGCCGUAACAACUGAGAUCACCUCUAAAGGGGAAAAAACGCCCCCAGCAGUGGCAGCCACUGGCAACAGCUCAAGUCCUUCCACAGAGACUGAGGAAGAAAAGGCAAAGAGGCUGCUUUAUUGUUCACUAUGCAAGGUGGCUGUGAACUCUGCCUCACAGCUGGAGGCUCACAACAGCGGUACUAAGCACAAAACAAUGCUAGAAGCCCGCAAUGGAAGUGGGACUAUCAAAGCCUUUCCUCGGGCAGGGAUGAAGGGUAAAGGACCUGUUAAUAAGGGAAACACAGGCCUCCAAAACAAAACAUUUCACUGUGAAAUAUGUGAUGUACACGUCAACUCGGAAACACAACUCAAACAGCACAUUAGCAGUAGAAGGCACAAAGACAGAGCUGCUGGGAAGCCCCCUAAACCCAAAUACAGCCCCUACAACAAACUGCAGAAGGCUGCAAAUCCACUCGGGGUAAAAUUAGUAUUUUCAAAAGAACCUUCAAAGCCACUGGCUCCUAGAAUUCUCCCAAACCCACUGGCAGCUGCAGCAGCUGCAGCUGCUGUGGCAGUGAAUUCCCCCUUCAGUCUUCGAACUGCUCCAGCAGCCACCCUCUUCCAGACCUCUGCACUUCCUCCAGCCCUCCUGCGGCCAGCUCCUGGACCCAUUCGGACCACCCACACUCCUGUGCUCUUUGCUCCUUACUGAAUUCUGAACAGGAGAUGUUGUACUGCAAUAAUUUUUAAGACAACAAAAUGAAACUAAAAUCAAACAAAAGAACUAUGCAGUGUUUAUUUAUAGUUUAAAGUGUAUCUGAAGAGCCAGGACUUUUGAUAGUAAAAUGAAAAGAUUAUUUAAAAAAAAAGCGUGGGGGUGGGACUUGGGGGAGGGGAGGGAAGCGUGGCAUUUUCUCCAAAUUAAAGCAUCCUUCUUGAACACUGAUUGUUUUAGAAGUUAUCCCCAGCACUGAAUCAUAGUGGUAUCUAGAACUUCCAAAGUCUUUGUGACUGUGCUUUUUUGGACACCUGUUUCCCCUGCAUUGUCUUUCCUGCUUUCUAAAACAAUUAAUUAUACAUUGUCUAAGGGCAUUAACUGGUUCCAAUGUAUAUAUAAUAAUUUACUCUGUAGAUUAUAAUAAUAUAUAUAUAUAUAUAUAUACAAAAGAAAAAAAGCAACAAAAACAAAAGCAACACUGUGAAUAGUAGUGCCCUUGCUGGUCCUCUGGCUAUGACAGCAGUUACUGGGUAUGUAUCCAAACAAAAGUAGAUACAGUAGAUGUCUUGUCAAACAAUAGUGCUGUGUCUCAAUCUUUGCCAUUAGGUUUUAAAGAUUUGAACAGCUAUUUCAUACCUAUAGUCAGUAAACAAACAAACACCAGAUGGUAUCUUGGAAGCCUACAUGGUCAGUCCCCCUCUCCUGUAUGCUUAAAGGUGGAGAGGCUCACUCAGAACAGGCAUUGCUGGAGAAAGUGAAGUGUUUGGAUUGGCAAUGUGUCUGAAAACUGAUCAUCCCACAUGUCAUGGUGAAGUAGUAAGAAAUCAUUAUAACUUUUUAAAUUCUAAACAUGAGGAGCCGUCAGAAUCUCAAAUGAUGUAAAAUGAGCACAGAUCUACAAAAGCAGAGAAAAUCAGUCAUCCGCAAUAAGUCUUCAUGUCAUUCCAGUAGAGCCAUAGCAAAAGGUUUGGCUUUAAAUAGGAAUGUAUGAAGACAGACAUAAGCAUGAGCUAUGGCUGUGUUUAUUGUUAUCUUUUCCCUACUGACAUGACAUUAAUCCCUAACAUACUUUUAAAUGCUAGUACUGUCAAGAAAAAUUAAUUACUUCAUUGCACACCAAUGAUAGGACAUCAAAAGAGUAUAUUAGCAAGGUCCCCUAGACCAUCAUUUCUCUAGUGGCAUUGUGAGAUAAGAACUGCCUUUGAUAUUUACCACAGAGCCGAAAGUAAUUGAUGUUUUAUCUUUAAAAACGAUUUAUCAGGGGAAUAUAUAUAUA